CCACCAUGUCAGCCCAAUCCAACGGGUGCCCUGGCUCACCUUCCCUGAGAGGACACUUCUUCAGGCCAGGGUGGGACUCCCUGGGCUGCGUUGCCAAGGGUGUGACCUAAUUGCCUCCAGCUGGAGUAGAUAAGGCACUUAAAAGGGGGUUGGGCAGGCAAUGUUACCCACAUCACAGAUGAAAAUGGGCUCAGAAAAAGUACGUGCUACCAAGAUGAACCUGGAACUCAGAUCCCAGGGGCAGCUCCCAUGUCCCUGGCAUUCUCUGGCAGUUUCAAGCCCUCACCCCCUCAGCCUCUUAAGUGUCCUCACUUCUAACAGCUGCCCACUCCAAGAAGGGGCCUCUUAGGACCCCCUGCACCUGGCCCCAUGGAACCGGAGGCCUAGCCCCUGCUGAUGGCUGCCACAGGGUCUCGGUGGGGGUGUGGUCCUGAAGUCAUCCAAUCCCGUGGGGACAGGUUUCACAACUUCCCGGAUGGGGCCGUGGUGGGUCACAGUGCAGCCUUCAGCGGGGAGGAUGGGGUGGCUUUCACUCUUGCUGCUUCUGCCCUGGUGUCCAGGGGUCCCUGGGCAGCGAUCCCCGCUGAACGACUUCCAGGUGCUCCGGGGCACGGAACUGCGGUACCUUCUCCACACGGUGGAGCCCAGGUCUUGGCAGGAGGAUGUGGCAGAUGCUGAGGAGUGUGCUGGGCGCUGCCAGCCCCUCCUGGAUUGCCGGGCCUUCCAUUACAAUGUGAGCAGCCAUGGCUGCCAACUUCUCCCGUGGACUCAGAACUCGCCCAACACGCAGCUGCAGCCAUCUGGGCGCUGUGACCUCUUCCAGAAGAAAGACUACGUUCGGACCUGCAUCGUGGCCAAUGGAGUCAGCUACCGGGGCACAGUGGCCGUGACUGUCGGUGGCCUGCCUUGUCAGGCCUGGAACCACAGGUUCCCCAAUGACCACAAGUACACACCCACACUCCGGAAUGGCCUGGAAGAGAACUUUUGCCGGAACCCAGACCGGGACCCUGGGGGUCCUUGGUGCUACACCACAGAUCCUGCUGAGCGCUUCCAGACCUGUGGUAUCAAGUCCUGCCAGGAGGCGACCUGUGUUUGGUGCAAUGGUGAGGAUUACCGAGGUGCGGUGGACCACACAGAGUCAGGUCGUGAGUGCCAGCGCUGGGACCUGCAGCACCCACACCCACAUCCCUUUGAGCCUGGCAAGUUCCUUGACCAAGGACUGGAUGACAACUACUGUCGGAAUCCUGAUGGCUCUGAGAGACCCUGGUGCUACACCACAGACCCAAAGGUUGAGCGAGAGUUCUGUGACCUUCCUCGCUGCAGAGCCGAGGCUCAGCCACGAUCUCAAACUACUACUUUCAAUUGUUUCCGUGGAAAGGGUGAGGACUACCGGGGCACUGCCAACACCACAGCUGCAGGCGUGCCCUGCCAGCGCUGGGAUGCGCAGAGCCCACACCAGCACCGCUUUGCACCAGAGAAAUAUGCAUGCAAGGACCUCCGUGAGAACUUUUGCCGGAACCCCGACGGUGCUGAGGCGCCCUGGUGCUUUACCUCAAGACAGGGCAUGCGUGUGGCCUUCUGCUACCAGAUCCCACGAUGCACAGACGAUGUGGGGCCUGAGGACUGCUACCAUGGCACAGGGGAGCAAUACCGCGGUCGGGUCAGCAAGACCCGCAAGGGCAUCCCGUGCCAGCACUGGUCUGCAGAGACACCGCACAAGCCGCAGUUCACACCUACCUCGGCCCCACAAGCCAGUCUGGAGGAGAACUUCUGCCGCAAUCCUGACGGGGAUAGCCAUGGGCCCUGGUGCUAUACUACAGACCCUGGGACCCCUUUUGACUACUGUGCCCUGCGACGCUGCGAUGAUGAUGUGCCACCAUCCAUCCUGGACCCUCCAGACCAGGUGCUGUUUGAGAAGUGUGGCAAAAGAGUAGACCGGCAGGACCGGCGGCGCUUCAGGCUGCGGGUGGUAGGCGGCCAACCUGGGAACUCGCCCUGGACAGUCAGCUUGCGGAACAGACAGGGUCAGCAUUUCUGCGGGGGGUCCCUGGUGAAGGAGCAGUGGGUACUAACGGCUCGGCAGUGCUUCUCCUCCUGCCACAUGCCUUUGGUGGGCUACGAGGUGUGGCUGGGCACCAUGUUCCAGAACCCAGAGCCAGGGGAGCCAGGCCUGCAGCGGGUCCCCGUGGCUAAAAUGGUGUGUGGGCCUUCAGACUCCCAACUGGUCCUGCUCAAACUGGAAAGAUCGGUGACCCUGAACCAGCGUGUAGCCCUCAUCUGCCUGCCCCCGGAGCAGUAUGUGGUGCCUCCCAAGACCAAGUGCGAGAUCGCAGGCUGGGGCGAGACCAAAGGCACUGGUGAUGAUGCAGUUCUGAAUGUGGCCUCACUGAACGUCAUCUCCAACCAGGAGUGUAAUGUCAAGCACCGAGGGCGCGUCCGGGAGAGUGAGAUGUGUACUGAUGGACUGCUGGCUCCUGUGGGGGCCUGUGAGGGUGACUACGGGGGCCCACUUGCCUGCUUUACUCAUGACUGCUGGGUCCUGGAGGGAAUUAUAAUCCCCAACCGUGUGUGUGCACGGGCCCGCUGGCCAGCUGUCUUCACACGUGUCUCUGUGUUUGUGGACUGGAUUCACAAGGUCAUGAGGAUGGACUAG